AUGACGAUUUUGUCGAAGAUUUUGGCUCCGCGAGCUGUCAGAAUACUCGCCUUGGACCAGACGAAAUCGCUGUCGACGAGUGCCACGUGUCAGGCGAGAAUCUUCGAAUCGGCCGAAGAAGCCGUCCGCGACAUUCCCGACAAUGCGAAACUUCUCGUUGGAGGUGCGAUUUGAACGGAAAAUGUUGUUUUGUAAAAAAUUGGCAUUCAUUCUUGCAAUGAUCUAGGGGAAAACUCAAAAAUAGAUAUGCUCAACAAGUUUGCUGCAUAAGAAGUUGAUUUUUCGAAAAUUGUUGAAAUUUGGCGGAAACCCCCUUUUUUGUUCACACUUUGUCCUCCAAACAGUCCAACUUUCUCGAAUGCUUCCGCUAGCCAAAAAAAAACUAGCCAUUUUUAACUCCUCUCAGUUUUCAGGCUUCGGACUGUGCGGCAUCCCCGAGAAUCUGAUCUCGGCGCUGACGAAGACGGGCCAGAAGGGACUGACGUGCGUGUCGAACAAUGCGGGCGUCGACGACUGGGGACUGGGCCUUCUCCUCAAAACGCGCCAGAUCAAGAAGAUGAUCUCGUCGUACGUGGGCGAGAAUGGCGAGUUCGCGCGCCAAUAUCUGUCCGGAGAGCUCGAGUUGGAGUUCACGCCGCAGGGAACACUCGCCGAACGGAUCCGGGCCGCCGGCGCCGGAGUGCCCGCCUUCUUCACGCCAACCGGAUACGGUACUCAGAUCCAGGAGGGCGGCGCGCCGAUCAAGUACAGCCGGACCAGGAAGGGGGAGAUCGAGAUUGCGAGUCAGCCGAAGGAAACCAGGCGGUUCAACGGAACCAACUACGUGCUCGAGGAGGCCAUCUGGGGAGACUACGCUCUUGUGAAGGCGUGGAGGGCCGACACCCUCGGAAAUAUUCAGUUCAGGUACGCAAACGUCGCGACAGACAGGAUUUACCGUUCAUUUAUGAAAAAUUUAGUCGAUUUUCUCAAAUCCUGUCAAAAUGGAUUAAAACGCUUAAUUUAUGAGGUCUAGAACGUUUUUCUCGUCAUUUUCUCACCUAUAAUUGCGAUUUUGCAGACACGCGGCGGGCAACUUCAACAAUCCAAUGUGCAAAGCGAGUAAAUGCACGAUAGUGGAAGUGGAGGAGAUCGUGGAGCCGGGAGUGAUUCCGCCGAACGAAGUGCACAUUCCGUCCAUCUAUUGCCACAGGCUCAUCCGCGGAUCCAACUAUCGGAAGCCGAUCGAACGGCCAAUGUUCGCGCAGGAGGGCCCCGUGAAAGCGGCGACCUCGGCGGCCGGACGGUCCCGUGAGAUCAUCGCCGCCCGUGCCGCCCUCGAGUUCACCGACGGAAUGUACGCGAAUUUGGGCAUCGGAAUUCCCACUCUGGCGCCCAAUUACAUUCCCAACGGCAUCACCGUCCAUUUGCAGUCCGAAAACGGCAUUAUUGGAGUGGUAAGUCGAACGAAUUUAACGUUUCCAGUUGAGCAUCAUUUUGCAGGGACCGUACCCACGAAAGGACAAGAAGACGCGGAUCUGA